UCCGGUCUGACCUGAACCCAGAUAUCGAUCAUGGAAGCUGAUCAACCAGCACAGGAUUAACAGGAGGAGUUUGUUUUGGAUUACAGAGCCGAUUUGAUUCCAGGAGCAGAGAUGCAGUGUGUGAGGAGUCUCACUCUGCUCCUCCUGCUCGUGGUGAAGGUGCACAGUGACUUUGUGGAGCCUCCUCAGCCCCACACCUCCAUGCGCUCCCUGGCAGAGAGUCAGACCAGGCUUCCCUGCCACUACCAGGCGGUGGGGGGGGAGAAGGUGGUGCAGGUCACCUGGUACAAGGAGCUCGCGGACGGCAGCAAGGACCAGAUCAUCAAGGCCCACUUCUCUGAGGGCCACACAGAGUUCGGGCGUUACUCUGGUCGGGUGAAGUUCGAGAGCAGCAGCCCCACAGAGAACUCUGCUCUGCUCAUCCCCAGCACAGAGGAGUCAGAUGAGGGAAUCUACAUCUGCCACAUCUCCACCUUCACUCACGGAAACUUUGAGAGGCACAUCACUGUCACUGUCUUGAUUGUAUCGUUCUACUCCCUGGACCCUGUCAUCCUGAAGGAGGGGGAUUCGUACCGUUUGGUGGCCACUUGCAAAGCAGUGGGUCGCCCGCGUCCCCAUCUCUCCUGGGACACCGACCUGCCGGGCAAUUCCAAGAAAGACAUUCGCGAGGGCGGCUCAGUGUCCAGCUUCUUCUUUCUGCACCCGCUGCGCAGCAUGAACGGCAAAAAGCUGGACUGCUUGGUGAACCCUGGUCUGAACGGGUCCCGCAGGAUCUCAAACCUCCUGGAGGUUCAGUACCCCCCAGAUGCCACCAUCACCAGUGUCUCAGGAGACUGGUUUGUGGGUUUGGAGAACGCUGAGCUGGUGUGUGACAGCGGAGGAAACCCCAAACCUCAGGACUUCACCUGGACACGGAGGGGAGGAGCUCUGCCAGAUGGGGUGUCCGUGGUUGGAGGAAAACUCGUCUUCGGGCGGACCCUCCGCUUGAAUGACAGCGGGGUCUACGAGUGUGUAGCCAAGAACAUUGCAGGAGUAGGAAAAGCAGAGUAUUCAGUGACAAUAGCAGAGUCAUCUCAGCGUAAGGGUGUCCCCUCCCACACCCUCCUGAUCGUCCUCGGGGCCGCGGCCGUCCUGGUCUUGGUCCUGAUCAUUGUCGUUCUGCUCGUCAACCGCCAUCAUCGCCACAGAAACAGAAAGCUUGAGAGGCAGCUCACUGCGAAAACGAAGGAAAAUGAAAAAAACUCCAGACAAAGGAGCCUGAACGUUAACGUCAUAGUGCAGCCUGAAGAUUUCGCCCUGCUCAGAGUCGACAGCCAAAUGUCCCCGCCUGCAGGAGCAUCCCAUCUACAUGAGCAGCCAGUACAGGCUGGGCGGAGAGUGGAGCUGGACGAGCUGGGACGUCAGAUCGUCUUGCACGAUGGCAGGGAGAGCCUGAGACAAACGAGGAUGGACGGAGAGGAGGAGGAGCACAAGAUGAUGGUGCAGUCGUUCCAGUUGAGCUGCAACAAGCCACUGGAGAUAACCAUCUACAAAGCCAGCCAGUCCCUGCCGUGCAGGAACUCGGGUUUUCCGGUAGAACUGGAUCAGUACGAGCAGGGAUGUCAGGACGUCUCGAAAAGACAUACCAGAAACAUGUCGCUGGAGAUAAUCAUCAACGGAAUCAGCUGGUACUCGAUGGGCGGGAAGUGUAAUUCUCUGGACAUGGGGAAGCUGGGACUAUGCCAGGGAGAGCCUGAGACAAACGGAGAUGGACGGAUUGAUGGAGGAGCACAGGAGGAGGGUGGAGACGUAUUUGAAGAGCAGCAUGUCGCUGAACUGUAAACCGGAAUACGUAAGCAGUUCUCAAAAAAAACGGGCUAGAGUGGUCGUCCUCAAACAAGAAGGUUGGCGGUUCAAUCCUCACUCUUCCCCAUCUGCAUGCCGAAGUGAACUUGGGUAAGUUACUGAAAAAAGAGCUGUUGUAUGUUUACAUUGUUACCUGCAACAAGAGAAAGACCAGAAAAGACUUUUACCCCGAGGACUAGAACAUGGACAUGAAAAAGGAGACGGGGACAAAACAUGCAGGAGAUGCCAGAAAAAACUUUUAUCCCGAGGACCAGAACAUGGACAUAAAAAAAAAAGACGGGGACAAAACUUGCAGGAGAUGCCAGAAAAAACUUUUACCCCGAGGACCAGAACAUGGACAUGAAAAAGAAGACGGGGACAAAACCUGCAGACGAUGAACAUGUUUUAUAUCCAUCCAGUGUUUUCUAUGAAAGUGAAAAGACAAAAAACCUGAUGUGUAAAUGUUGAAAUGUUUUAUAUCCAU